AUGUCGCAGCAAAAAGUGCUCCUGCUCGGUGCAACCGGACAUACUGGUCAAUCCAUCUUGAAGGGCCUCGCCGAACAUGGUAAAUUUUCAAUUGAGCUAUUUGUUCGGCCAUCCUCAGCAGACAAGCCUGCAGUCAGAGAGUUGGCUCAAAGAGGAUUCCCAAUCCGUGUUGGGGACAUUGAUGGGCCAUUUGAUGACCUAGUCUCAUUGCUAUCAGGCUUUGAUAUACUUAUAAGUGCCAUUGACGCUACAUCGCAGUUGGCGCAAAUAACGCUUGCCACAGCUGCCAAAAAAGCAGGCAUCGCAAGAUUCAUUCCUUGUGGAUUCACAACUGUCUGUCCUCCUGGAGAUGUGAUGUUGCUUCGUGACGAUAAAGAAAUCGUCUACCAGCACUUGAAGCAGCUUUCUUUACCUUUCACGGUCAUUGACGUUGGCUACUGGUAUCAAAUUUCCUAUCCAACUGUACCAUCGGGCCGGGUCGACUAUGCCACUCCAAUCAAGCCAAACGUCACUAUCCACCACGAUGGCGAGGCUUUGAACUUACUCACGGACCUUCGUGACAUCGGACGAUUUGUUUCUCGUAUCAUCACUGACGAUAGAACAUUGAACCAAUAUGUGUACACGUACGGCGAUAUCCUCUCUGAAAACCAGAUUUUCAGUAUGAUGGAAAAGCUUUCAGGUGAAAAGAUCGAAAGAAAGCAGGUAUGUGAAAUCGGUCUACGAUCCCCCCUCGAUCGAACAAGAAGGGUUUUGUUACGUCGGUGCGCAAUUGGUGGCUAA